CUCCCUCUGCGCCAGCCGCCAGGCCGGUGAAGGUUGUUUGCUUUGGUCGCGCCCCCUCCUUGCAGUGGUUUCUUCUGCAUCUCCCCUGGGCCUGGCGGCGGGUAGUGCAGCCCGCGGAGUCGCGGCUUCGCGGCUCUCCUCUGGGUGGCCUCAGCGCCGGGGCUGACACUCAUUCAGCACAGGAAAGUGAAGCGAGAGGAGGCUGUGCGAAACUCGCAGCCCCACCGCAGCGCGGACCAGCUAAGCCCGGGAGCCGGGCAGACAAAAGAGGCGGCCCCGAGCUCGGACGCACGGCCAGCGGUUGCCGUGCAGCGGACGCGGGCGGCGGCGGCGGGGUGCAGCGAUGGCGGGGCGAGGCGGCCGGGCGUUGCUGACGCUGUGCGGAGCACUGGCAGCCUUGGGGUGGCUGUUAGGUGCCGAAGCCCAGGAGCCCGGGGGGCCGGCGGCGGGCAUGAGACGGCGCCGGCGCCUGCAGCAGGAGGACGGCAUCUCCUUUGAGUAUCACCGCUACCCCGAGCUCCGCGAGGCGCUGGUGUCAGUGUGGCUGCAGUGCACCGCCAUCAGCAGGAUCUACACGGUGGGGCGCAGCUUCGAGGGCCGGGAGCUCCUGGUCAUCGAGCUGUCUGACAACCCCGGUGUCCAUGAACCUGGUGAGCCUGAAUUUAAAUACAUUGGGAAUAUGCACGGUAAUGAGGCAGUUGGACGGGAACUGCUCAUUUUCUUGGCCCAGUACCUGUGCAACGAAUACCAAAAGGGCAAUGAGACCAUCGUCAACCUGAUCCACAACACUCGAAUCCACAUCAUGCCUUCCCUGAACCCCGAUGGUUUUGAGAAGGCGGCAUCUCAGCCUGGUGAGCUGAAGGACUGGUUUGUGGGUCGCAGCAACGCCCAGGGAAUAGAUCUGAACCGGAACUUUCCCGACCUGGAUAGGAUAGUUUAUGUUAAUGAGAAAGAAGGUGGUCCAAAUAAUCAUCUGUUGAAAAACCUGAAGAAAAUUGUGGAUCAAAAUACAAAGCUGGCUCCUGAGACCAAGGCUGUCAUCCACUGGAUCAUGGAUAUUCCUUUUGUGCUCUCUGCCAACCUCCACGGAGGAGACCUCGUGGCCAAUUACCCAUAUGAUGAGACACGGAGUGGUAGUGCUCAUGAAUACAGCUCCUGCCCAGAUGAUGCCAUCUUCCAAAGCUUGGCUCGAGCAUACUCUUCUUUUAACCCAGCCAUGUCUGACCCCAAUCGGCCACCAUGUCGCAAAAAUGAUGAUGACAGCAGCUUUGUCGAUGGAACAACCAAUGGUGGUGCUUGGUACAGUGUACCUGGAGGAAUGCAGGACUUCAAUUACCUCAGCAGCAACUGUUUCGAGAUCACUGUGGAACUUAGCUGUGAGAAGUUCCCACCUGAAGAGACUCUGAAGAGCUACUGGGAGGAUAACAAAAACUCCCUCAUUAGCUACCUCGAGCAGAUACACCGAGGAGUUAAAGGAUUUGUCCGAGACCUUCAGGGUAACCCAAUUGCGAAUGCGACAAUCUCCGUGGAAGGAAUAGACCAUGAUGUCACAUCUGCGAAUGAUGGUGAUUACUGGAGGUUGCUUGUACCUGGAAACUAUAAACUUACAGCCUCAGCUCCAGGUUAUCUGGCAAUAACAAAGAAAGUGGCUGUUCCUUAUAGCCCUGCUGUUGGGGUUGAUUUUGAACUGGAGUCAUUUUCUGAAAGGAAAGAAGAAGAAAAGGAAGAAUUGAUGGAAUGGUGGAAAAUGAUGUCAGAAACUUUAAAUUUUUAAAAGACUUAUAAUUAGCUACUUUUAAUCUAUCAUAUAUUACAUAGGAUGACAUAAGGUGGCCAUUUUCUUUUAGAUUUUGUGCAGUUAAUAUUUAACAGUGAUUUAUUUUUAGUCAUUAACUAUUAAUUGGCAUUAUUUAAAAUACAUACUUAGACUUUCAGGUAUAAAUAUAAGAACUUGAUCUAUUGCAUUCUCUUAUAUAACAAUCAUUUUCAUAUAUAUUAUGUGGAGUACUGUAGAAAAGAUUUAAGUAAACUUGACAGCUUAAACUUAAAUGCAAUAUUCCACGUGUUAUUUACAAUACAGAACUUUUGAGUAUUUCUAGCUUUUAAAAAUUAGUGAAGUCCUUCUAAUGUAAUUGGUGACAGUGUCACAUGAAUGCCGUUAAAAAGGUCAACAAGAUACAGCUUGGGAUUGUGAGCACUAUAUUGCAAGAAUUUUAAAUAGUUCACUAUAAAUUGUCAUUUGUCCCUUGUGCUAACUAGCUAUGUAAGCAUGAUCUUGUUAAUGCAUUUUUGAUGGGAAGAAAAUGUGAAUGUUUACCCAGAAGUUUUAUGAAAGGAAUAAAAAUUGACUUCUUGCUUGUACAUAUAGGGAUAAUGCAGGUAUAAUAUUUAGCCUGUUAACUUUACUUCAAGUUUUGGGGUUUUCUCGUGGUUGUAGGUUGGUCUAGACUUGCAUUCUGAAUGAAUAAAGGUAAAAAAAAAAAAAAAAAUUCUUCUUCUGUA